UUAAUAUUGUAUGUAAAACAGUUAGUUGGAGUCAUAUAUUAAUUUUAUUUGAACCAUUUACCUAUUUUUAGUGAAGAAGUUACUAUAAGGUUAAAUAAUUUAGCCCAUAGCACUUAUUAAAAUGAAAUUUUUAUUUUAUAGGUUAGGAGGAAGGUUAUUCUAUGAUCAAAAAGCACUUUGUUCUUAAAAGUGGUAAAAAUGAUUGGAAUAAGAAAAUUCGCCAGUGGUUCGCUCACAUCAAUAUUAUCAAAUCAAAUGAGACUGAAAAGGGAAAGUUGGCAAACGCAGUUAAAAAAGGUGUUAUUCAGUUUUCCAAUGUGCGAAAGAUGUCAGGGCAUUUAUACCACACCAUAUUGUUUAAAGAAGAGGAAAACCAAGGAAGAGAAGAAAACUCCGAAGACUUAUGAGCUACCACCAUCACAAUUCAAACAGACUAAGGCCAUUGAUAUAUGGAAAAAUAUGACUGUACAAGAACUUGCCAAUUCUAUGGAGAAAGAUUGUGACCAUUUGUUCGAGGUGAUGAUGUAUGUUGAUAACUCUGUGUAUUUCGACAAGCCAAGUUCCGUUAUCAGCGACUGGCAAGUGCUGCAGGACAUUGUGAAGAAGAGCGGUUACCGGUGUAAAAUUGUCUCUCCUCCCAAUGAGCAAGAGAAUUCUAUGGAAGACUUUCAAGAUAUAACUAAAAGACCUCCUGCAUCAGAAGACCAGCUGAGACCCAGACCACCUGUGGUGACCAUUAUGGGUCACGUGGACCACGGCAAGACCACAUUACUGGACACUCUACGACAAUCAUCCAUCGUGCAGUCGGAGUUCGGCGGCAUCACUCAGCACAUCGGAGCCUUCUCGGUGAAACUAAAGUCCGGUGAACGUGUGACGAUGUUGGACACACCAGGGCACGCAGCGUUCAGUGCGAUGAGAGAGCGUGGUGCACACGCCACUGACAUCGUGGUGUUGGUGGUGGCAGCUGAUGAUGGUGUCAUGGAACAGACUGUAGAAGUGUUCGAAAUGGCAAAGGAGGCUCAAGUACCUAUAAUUGUGGCAGUCAACAAGAUCGAUAAACCUGGAGCAGAUAUAGAAAGGACCAAGAGGAUGCUGGCACAGCUAGGUCUGACCUUGGAGGACUGGGGAGGCGAUGUACAGGCUGUGCCAAUAUCAGCGCUGAAAGGCACCAACGUGGACACCCUGGUUGAAGCCAUUGCACUCCAAGCUGAGCUGAUGGGGCUGAAAGCUGACUACCAGGGCCUGGUGGAGGGAACCAUCAUUGAAGCUAGCACCGACCAGUCUCGGGGAAAGCUGGCGACAGUACUGGUGUCUCGAGGCACACUCCAGCGCGGCUCUAUCGUGGUGGCCGGCCUGGCCUGGGCGAAGGUGCGCUCACUGUUCAAUGAGGACCAGCAAGUCCUACAGCAGGUGACUCCAGGCAUGGCAGCUCAGGUCAUUGGCUGGCGGUCCCUGCCUUCCGCUGGUGACUUGCUGCUAGAGGUCAACUCCGAGAAAAAAGCGACUCAAGUCAUUAAAUGGCGCGAGGAGAACAAAAUGAAGGAAAAGGCAUUGGAAGAUUUACAAGUCAUUCAGGCGAAAAUGACGGAGCAUCAAGAAGUCUAUAAAACUCAACUGGAGCAGAGAAGGAAACUUGGCAGGAGAAAAUUAAAACCAACUGGGCCACGGCAGAAAGAAUUUCAAGAAGACAAUGAAAUUAGAGUCAGUAUUGUACUUAAAGGUGAUGUGGACGGGUCUGUGGAAGCUAUCCUGGACGUGUUGGACACAUACAGUGGCACCGUUUGUAAGUUAGAACUGGUUCACUACGGAGUUGGCGGUGUCACCCUUUCAGACGUGGAACUGGCAAUCGCAUUCAAAGCAAUUAUUUACACUUUUAAUGUCGGCGUGUUGAACGAUGCUGUGGAAAAGGCGAAUUCAAGUGCAGUGAUGAUUAAGAAACACAACGUUAUAUAUAAAUUAGUCGACGAUCUCAAGGAAGAAAUGGAAAAGAAACUUCCGACAACUGAAGUGGAGGAGAAUUUAGGUGAAGCCAAUGUUCUUGAGCAGUUUCUUGUGACCGAAGGCAGGAAGAAGAUACCAAUCGCAGGGUGCCGGUGUGUUAAGGGGGUGCUCAAGAAAAACGCACUGUUCCGUCUAAUACGCAAUGAAGAAAUUUUGUAUGAUGGUAAGUUGGAAUCGAUGAGACACCUGAAGAAUGAGGUGGAUUCCAUCAAGACAGAUCUUGAGUGUGGAUUACGGCUGGCUGACCCGAGUGUACAAGUGCGACCCGGAGAUGUAAUCAUCUGCUACGUCACCCGUCAACAGUCACAGACUUUGGACUGGGACCCUGGCUUCUAGCAAUAACACACUUGUAGAUAAUAGAUUAAAUAUUUAAGAAUGUUAUAUAUAAAACA